AUGUUUCUGAUUCAAACCUGCCGUGCGCACUGCAGGUCAGCAACAGCCGACGAUGAGACUUGUCAGGAGACAUCUGGGAUGUCUGCAGAGGCCAUCUUGCAGCAGGAGGAGAUGCUGCCAAGCUCCCUCAAUAGGCAGACGGACGAUGCGCCAAAGGAUGCUGGUGGUCCCGUGCCUUUACUUCUGGAGGAGGAGGUGCGGAUCUGCCCCAUCAGCGGCUUGUCGACGCUACAGGGAGCGUGCCCCUUUGCCAAGCCGAAAGCAAAGGCCAAAGAUGGGGGCAAGAAGCAGAGGGCGGCCGUGAAGUUGGACUUCCAGUGGGAACAGGCCGAGAGCAAGGUGACGAUCAGCGUCCGGGCACAUCCAACGGACGCGUUCGUGGCACUCGAGCUGCCGGAUAGUGCCUCUCAACAGGAGAUAAAGCGCCAGUACAAAGCCUUGUCCCUUCGACACCACCCAGACAAGAACCAGGACGACCCGGAUGCAACUGACCGGUUCCAAAGGAUCAAGGACGCGUACCAGGCCCUCAAGGACACUGACGGCGAGCUUGCUUUCCCUUGGGUCGAUUAUCCGGAGAAGCAGCAGGUGAUGCCAGGAAAUGAAGCCAUCGCCAUCUUUGCAGAGGUCGGACGGGAGGCUUGUGAAGAACAUCACUUUCAGGGCUUGCAGCUCCGGCAUCUCGUGAAGUCCUCCAGUGUGCAGGUGUUGAAAUUUGAGCGGGAGCUCGAGGAAGGGCGUGUCACCGAAUGCGAACUUCAAGCCUUGUGUACAGACUCUGCGCACUUCGUAAACCACCUGGUCAAGGUCCACCGACGCGAUGCCUGGGAGUUCCAGGCGGAGCUGGAUGACAUGAGGAGUUGCAUGGAUGGCCAGCCGCGGGACGCAUGCUACAUGUCAGGAGCUGCCAGCAAAGGGCCUGGCCUGGCGAGACGAGGCCGCGGCGCGGGUGCCGCGCCAACUUCCAGGGCCGCUCCUCCUUUGCCAACGUUGCUGGGAAGCGCAGCCGGUCAAAGAGUCGGCGCAAAGCAUCCGGUGCCCUCCGGCUGGCCGGCAGCCUCAGGUCCCUUCUCCGGCGAUGCUGGUGCGAUUUGCAGUCUCCUAGCAUCUCCCAUGAAGGUCACUUGUGGAGGUGGCUACUUUGCGCCGAGGGUCGCAGAGGAUGCGUUCGGACUGCCGAGCUACAUGUCUCCAGAGGCAAGCGAGGAAUCUGACUGUGCUGGCAUCGGUGCCGGCCUGCGAAAUCAACCAGAGAAUAGCUCGUUCCUCGUUCCCUUCUCGUGCACCUGGUAUGCAAGCUUAAUUCGGAUGGAGGGUGCUGGCCAGAUCCUGGCCAGGCAGGGACUCGGACAGAGGAAAGAGGGGCUUGUAGAUCCGAAGAAGAGGAUCGUCGAAAAGACGCGUGAGAACUGGAGAGAGGCCGAGCGUACUCCCCGGGCUUCGGCUGUCCCGCACUUGCCACAAGCCCUCCCUACCUAUGAGUUCAGCGAGGCUUGGAGCCGAGAACAGCUUAGCUCGUGGCUAGCCGCAGUCCCGGCAGUCCCCAACCCCAAGUUGACCUUCGAACUGGAUCUGAGCAGGGUGGAUGGGGCACCCAUCUCAGAGGUGGCAGAACCUGAGCAGUUCCCUGCGGCGCUGGGACUCUUGGCGACACGAGCUCAAAGGCUGUCGGAGAGGCCUUUUGACUUUUGGCUGCUGCACCGAAGCGCGGAAGUCGAGUGCCGUGGCAAUGACGCAGAGGCGCUGCAGCUCUUUUCCGAAGCGUUGGAUCCGUCGCUGCAGCGUGGCACUGACUUCCUCAAGCACCUUGCCGUUUUUUGCCUCCUCUGUGCAAUCAUGCCGGAUCCCUUAAUGGAGCGUGUGAUGUCCGUGUACAAGGACGUGGACAAGAAUGAUGACGGCUUCUUAGACAAAGACGAGCUAGCCGCAAUGCUGGAUGCAGUGGGUAUGCCCAAGGAACGGGCGCACGCGCUCUUCGACGCCGCCGACGUCGACCGAAGCGGCACCGUCGACUUCGAGGAGUUCUGCACGUGGCUGUUCUCAGAUGUGAAAGAGCUGAUGGAAGUCUGCGUGAAGCAGGGCGAAAUUGUGAAUAAGCACCUGAAGCUGGAGAUGACGGUAGGUGACGUGCUUUGUUUCGGUCUUGAUGAGCAGCUGGUUCGAAGCCAGUUCAGAUAUGAGAUCUCCGUGGAACCGACUGCCGAAACUGUCAAGCACCUUGAGUCCAGAUCGAAGCUUUACGCGGACGAAAGGAAGAAGCAACAGCUCGAUGCGCUGGACAAGGGCAUCACGGAGGCAAAGUCGAAGCUGGAGGCAGCGAAGGCGAAAGCCACGAAAGCCAAACCCAAGGACGCCAAGGACGCCAAGGCGGACGCCAAGGCGGAACCCUCGGCUGAGGAGGCCGCAGUCCUGGAUUGCGAGAGGAAGCUGCAAGCGGCCGAGAAGGCCAAGGCACGGAUGGAGGAGACCCCACCAGAGCUCCAGGAAGCGCCGUUCCUGGACAAGGUCUUCGACAGCCUGGUGGCCGUGGACGACAUCUCCGCAGGCUCUUCGGGCGCUCAUGUGGUAAAGUGGAAAGCCAAAGAAGAAGGCAUGGCCACGGCGAAGGUGCUGCAGUACUACACUGUUGUCGAGGGUCCGGACGACAAGGAGGUGGAGAAGGUAGAGACCUUUGACUUCACCGUCACUGUAGUCCCUGCUGGCUCCGGAGCCGUGAAGGCAGACUGGUACGCUUGGAGCUGGUACGAUGUCAAAUGGAUCAAGACACCAGCCAACAAGGCAGAUAAGUUUGCCAAGAAGAUGGGUCGUGCUGCCAAAGAGCUCCAGUGGGUCCCCUCUGUCUUCGGACCCAAGAAGGAGAAGCUGCACACUCAGCUUACCUAUUGCUUCAGCCCGAAGAAAGUACCAGGCUGA